AUGGUAGUCCCAGACAAGUUGCAGAAACGAAUGAUACAGAUUGCCCACGAAGGACAUCAAGGAGUAGUACGAACUAAACAAAUGCUCCGUGCACACGUCUGGUUCCCGGGAAUAGAUGCAGCAGUGAAAAACUACACGGACAAGUGUUUGGGAUGUCAAGCAACUACGCCAUUGAAUAACAGAGAGCCACUACAAAUGACAGAACUACCAGAUGGACCAUGGGAAAAAGUCAGCAUGGACUUCGCGGGACCCUUACCAAACAAAGAUACGAUAUUGGUAAUGUGGGAUCAAUAUGCCAAAUACCCAGUAGUCGAAUUCGUCACCACAACAUCGGCAGAAACAACAAUACGUGUGCUGGAACGUAUCUUCACUACAUAUGGUACUCCAAAAGAGAUAAAGACAGAUAAUGGACCACCAUUCAACUCGGGAAAAUUUUCAGAAUUUGCAAAAACGCUGGGUUUUAAACACCGGAAAGUUACUCCAAAAUGGGCCGAGGCAAAUGGUGAUGUCGAAAGAAUGAUUCAAAUCAUAAAAAAAAGUGCGAAGAUAGCGAAAAUAGAAGGAAAGAACAUCCGACAGGAAAUUCAAUCAGAAGCUAUCGAGACACGCCACAUGGAAACACCGGAGAAACCCCCAACAAGUUGA